AAAAAAGGAAAAAAAGGAAAAAAAGUAAACAAAAAAAAUAAAAGCAUAACUUCUCCGCAAUCCCUAAUUUCGACUCCACCGGUACGGAAGCUCAACUCGUCGGCGGCGCGAACGAAUUGUCGGAGCUAUGGCGAUGCAGACAGGAGUUGGUUUGUCGAAGAUCUUGCUCUUGGCCGGAGCAGGUUAUACUGGUACGAUAAUGAUGAAGAACGGGAAGUUGUCGGAUUUGAUUGGUGAAUUACAGGCUUUGGUGAAGGGGCUAGAGAGGUCUGCAGAAGGAUCUGAGGGAGAUUCUGAUGUUUCCGAUGCCAUAGCUGCUCAGGUUCGCCGCUUGGCUAUGGAGGUUCGGCAGCUGGCCUCAUCCCGGCAGAUAACUGUCAUGAACGGAACAUCAGCUGGCAAUUUACAAUCCCUCGCUGUUCCGGCUGCUGCAUUGGGGGCUUUAGGCUAUGGCUAUAUGUGGUGGAAGGGACUUUCCUUCUCCGACCUUAUGUAUGUGACAAAAUGCAACAUGGCAAGUGCUGUGACAAACUUGACAAAGCAUCUUGAACAAGUAUCAGAGACUCUUGUGGCUGCAAAAAGGCAUUUGACACAACGUAUUCAGAACUUGGAUGAUAAGAUGGACAAGCAGAAUGAGCUCUCUAAAACAAUUCAAGAAGAUGUUGCUUUGGCUCGCGAGGAUAUAUGUUCAAUUGAAGGGGAGUUGGAAUCAUUGCAUAACUUGAUUAAUGGACUGGAUGGCAAGCUGGACACACUCGAAUACAAGCAGGAUUUCACAAAUAUGUGUGUGGUACGCUUGUACAACUAUUUUGGUGGCAAGAGUGAAAAACUGCCCGAAGUUAUCAUGCAGGAAAAGCUUCAACUUCCUGUUAACAAGGCUCGGAAUUUGCUCACUGAUGUGGAAUCAAAGGGUCUGAAGGACUUUGCAGAUGAACUUUUUGAAAGCACAAAUCAAACUGGAGUAAAAUCCAUAAAGCAAGGCCCCGUCAGUGAGAGACCAAGACCAUUAUCAAGGGUUGCAUCAGGUCGGUGCUGAGAUGGAAAGGCUCUUGACGGGCGUUUUGGUUGGAAGAUUUAUUAUGUAUAGCUUACAUGCAGAGCAAAUGUCUUGAUGAGACCGUGAAGCCAUUUUUUUUUUCAUUCUUGUUUUUCUUUUCCAAUGUUGGUUUCAUCUCGGAGCUUCAUGAUGUUUCCUCUUUCUCUUUUUAAUGAUAUUCUAAUUUGCUCUGCUUUUUUACCUCUCAAUUGGUUAGUUUUGUUACUGACACGGCAAGGGUGUGUAACAGGAAAUCCAGAAUAAAAGCACCUGAAAAACUCUUCAUUA